AUGUAUUUGCCAUAUACCCAACUGCCCGAUCCAACGGAAAAGUUCGAGAUCUAUGAGGAAAUUGCUCAAGGAGUCAACGCAAAAGUAUUUCGGGCAAAGGAAUUGGAUAAUGAUCGGAUGGUAGCUUUAAAAAUUCAACACUAUGAUGAGGAACACCAAGUAUCCAUUGAAGAAGAAUAUCGAACCAUGCGUGAUCAUUGCAAUCACCCGAACCUUCCAGAAUUUUAUGGUGUUUAUAAACUUGCAAAACCAAACGCGCCUGACGAAAUAUGGUUCGUCAUGGAGUAUUGCAGUGGUGGCACAGUUGUGGACAUGGUUAAUAAAUUGGCAAAACUGGAACGCCGUAUGCGAGAAGAGCAUAUUGCUUACAUCAUUCGUGAAGUAUGUCGAGGAGCUAUUGAGCUUAAUAGAAAUCACGUAAUUCACAGAGAUAUAAGAGGAGAUAAUAUUUUACUAACAAAGGACGGGAAAGUGAAGCUCUGCGAUUUCGGUUUGUCACGAGAAGUAGAUUCGACCCUUGGCAAGCGAGGCACAUGCAUCGGAUCACCUUGCUGGAUGGCACCGGAGGUUGUAACUGCAAUGAGUGCAAAGAAAGAUACUAUCUCACAUCGUUGCUGA